AUGGAGAGUCUGAGUGAACUGCAGAACCCACUGUUGCCUCGGAGCCCCGCCCACCUCCACGGCCCCUAUCCUUACCCGGAGCCUACACCCAGCUGGUCCUGCCAGGAGAAGCUCUACUCCUACCUCCUGGGCAGUGCUGGCCCACCACACACCCAGCUCCUGGACCCUGGAUCCCUGCAGCUGGCUGUGGAGGCCUGGUACAGGCCCAGCUGUCUCCUGGGGAGGGACAAGGCCAAGGAGCCCAGGGCAGGCAGCUGUGAGACUAGUUUCACUGAGGGCAGGGAGUUACAGGCUGGGCCCACAGAGAGGUCCUCUGAGCCUGGGCUGGUCGGGGACGAUGUCACCAUCCAGACAGUGUCCUACGGUGUCCACGAGGAGCUGCAAGGCCAGGAUGAUGACCCAGAGGAGGAUGAGAGUGAUGCAACUUCGACAGAGAGUGAGAGUGAAGACAACUUCCUCACGAUGCCUCCCAGGGACCACCUGGGCCUCACCAUCUUCUCCAUGCUCUGCUGCUUCUGGCCACUGGGCAUUGCCGCCUUCUACUUCUCCCAGGGGACCAGCAAGGCCAUCUCCAAAGGAGACUUCCGCCUGGCCAGCACCACUUCCCGUCGGGCCCUCUUCUUGGCCACCCUCUCCAUUGCCGUGGGGGCUGGCCUUUAUGUGGCUGUGGUGGUGGCACUAGCAGCUUACAUGUCCCAGAACGGCCAUGGCUAG